UCUCAUUGUUUUCCGCCAGACAAGACAUCGUGAAAAAUAUUCGGCGCGCCAUUUCUGUGUUUGUGCUUCCAAAAUAACUUUGUGCGGGCUCAAUAUAAUAAAAGUUUCAUUAUUAUUGUUAAACGACUAUCCCUUUGAUCUUCUGCGAGUUUGCCGCACCCGAAUAACAACACAAAGGCACUCACAAUCAUACACAUACAUAUACAUAUAUAUAAACAUAUAAUUAUUUGCGCAACCCGAGCUCGUGUUUCACUCCUUUGUGAAAUUAUUUGACGACUUGCUAUUAGUGUUUAGUGUAUGUUUGUGUGUACCAAUAGCUAGCCGGCAGAUCGAUCAAGAUGUUUGGCGGCGCUAAACCCACAUUUGGCACCGGUACCGGAACCACGGGCUUCGGAACGUUCAGCAACAGCGCAGCUGCAACGCCAUUUGGUCAAUCGGCGUUUGGGAAGCCAGCGACCCCAGCGUUUGGAGGCACAUCCGCUUUUGGCGCCCAACCAACGCAGCCCUCGAUGUUUGGCACCACACCGGCAGCGAAUCAACAGCCUGGCGGCUUGUUUGGUAGCUCGACGACAACCAGCGCUUUUGGCGGCACCACCACAGCGCCCUCAUCAUUUGGAGCAUUUUCACAAGCUCCGCAAACAUCCAACAUAUUUGGCUCCACGCAAGCAGCUCCAAACACCUCGCUAUUUGGGCAGGGUGCGACGAGUGCCUUUGGCGCCGCAAAACCCGCCACUUUGGGCCUGAGCAGCUUUGGACAAACUCCGGCAGCCCAACCACUGUUUGGUCAGCAAGCGACUGCUGCGAGCACUUCGGGCUUUGGCGGUUUUGGUCAGGCGGCGCCAACGACGACAAAUGUGUUUGGCAGUGGCGCUGCGUCGGCAUUCGGACAACCGCAAGCUGUUGCUGUGGGGGCGGCGGGCGGUGUCAAUCCGGGCACUUCAGUGGCCAAGUACCAGCCCACCAUAGGUACGGACACGCUCAUGAAGGGUGGGCAGGCAAACAAUGUGAAUACAAAACAACACUGCAUUACCGCAAUGAAAGAGUACGAGAUGAAGUCACUGGAGGAACUGCGUCUAGAGGACUAUCUGAGUUCUCGCAAAGGUCCACAGGCUGGCAGUGCGCCGGGUGGUUUCGGUUUUGGAAGUCCUGCUACCGGCACGCAACCCGCGGCCACGGGACUCUUCGGCUCACCGGCCCAGCAACAGCCCAGCACUGGCUUGUUCGGACAGACGGGCACCGAGAAUAAGAGCCUGUUUAACACCUCGGCCUUUGGCCAGCCAGCAGCAACCAGCGCCUUUGGUGCACCCGCCCAGCAGAACAAUUUCUUGCAGAAACCGUUCGGAGCUACCACGACUGGAGGCUUUGGUACCACAGCUACGGACGCUUCGAAUCCGUUUGGCGCCAAGCCUGUGGGCUUUGGGCAGACCGGAAGCCUGUUUGGCCAGACGAACGCCACGAGCUCAGCACCGGCAUUUGGACAAACCACGACUGGCUUCGGUGGUUUCGGAAGCAGCGCUGGCGCAACCACUCAGGCAACGCCGUUGUUUGGAGCAACCACUGCAAAUGAUCCCAAUAAACCCGCCUUUGGUCUGGGUGCUUCGGUGUCGCAACCGACUAGCGGAUUCGGUGGCUUUGGUGCGCCGGCAACCAGCACAGCUGGCGGCGGCGGCCUAUUCGGAUCCAAGCCGGCUACGAGCUUUGCAGCGCCUGCCUUUGGUGCCAGCUCCACAGCAAACACAGGCUUCGGCAACUUUUCGUUGAGCAACACAAAUGCGGGCACCGGAGGCGGCUUGUUCAACUCAAAUCUCAACAAGCCAGCAACCUCAGCCUUUGGUGGCUUUGGAUCCACCUCGUCGGCGCCGCUCAAUUUUAAUGCUGGUAACGCUGGCGGUUCCCUGUUCAGCAAUGCUAGCAAGCCUGGCGGCGGACUUUUCGGCGGCACAUCUACCCUGGGCGGAGCCACUGGCACAGCUACCGGUGGAGGCGGUCUCUUUGGCAACACCAACCAAAGUGGCUUUGGAUCGUCAUUGGGUGGCGGUUUUGGUACGCUUGGUGGUGGCGCUAAUACUGGUCUAUCGGGCUUAGGUGGAGUGGGCGCCGCUCCUGCUGUUGUCAUGGUGCCUAUACAUCAGCAGAUUUUAUCCAAGGUGACAUCGCCAUACGGUGAUACGCCAAUUUUCAAGGAUCUGAAGCGUAACGAUGACGUGGACGCCACACGUGCCACGAAUCCCGCCGCUCAACAGGCGGUACUGGACAUGAGCAAUAACCAGUUCAAGGUAACAAAUAAGGACGGUCCAUCCAGCGUUCGCGUAAAGGCGCUGGGCACCUCCAAUAAUCGCAAGUCCAUGUUCGAAGGCCUGGAAGAGUUUGACGCCAGCGUAGAAGGCUUCAAUCUUAAACCAAACGUCAAGCGGCUAGUGAUAAAGCCCAAAGCGGCGACACAGGGCUCUGCCACAGGCGAGGAUAACAGUGCGGCCCUGAGCCAUGGCAACAGUAACAGCAACAGCAACAACGGCACCCCAAUAGUGGGUAUAGUGCGUCCGCAACGUGAAUCAUUCAAUGGUGCCAUACCCAACGAGCCGGCACAAGCCGGAAAUGGUCAAACCUCACCAACUGCAAACAAAGCUGAUCAGGACAGUAGCCGCCGUGAGUCGUGGUUGCAUCCAAAUAACUUGGCAAAGGUGCGCCAGCACAAUCUACAGACGGGCAUAGAUCAGGCACCUUUAAAUAGCACCCUCACAGAAUUGGUACCACGCAAACCCCUUGAAACCUACAAAAGCGCAGUGCCAACACGUCUCUCUGUCUCUACAAUUCCGGAGAAUCCCUUUGAGGAUCAGGUCAGCAGCAUUGUGCGACGGGAAACUUUCAACUCGGAGCAUGGUAAUGACACUACACUGUCCAUACGCUCCAUCGAUUCGGAGCAACGCUUAUCCGUCGAGCCAACUGUCGAAGCAGAAAUCAAUACUGACGCUGACUAUGAGCCCCACCCAACGGGUAUUGUGCUCCGCCGUGUGGGCUACUAUACCAUACCUUCUCUGGAGGACCUCAAGUCGUAUCUGGCCGAGGAUGGGUCCUGCGUGGUGCCCAAUUUUACAAUUGGUCGCGAAGGUUACGGCAACGUUUACUUUGGCAAAGAGCUUGACGUGGCCGGCCUCAAUCUGGAUGAGAUUGUACAUUUUCGCAACAAAGAGGUCAUAAUAUAUCCGGACGAUGACAAUAAGCCACCCAUCGGCCAUGGAUUGAAUCGUGAAGCUCAGGUUACAUUGGAUCAGGUGUGGCCAUUAGACAAGACCAAGCAUGAAGCCAUCAAGGAUCCACAGCGCUUGCUGGAAAUCGACUGGGAGGGCAAAUUGCGUCGCGUCUGUGAUAAGAAUUCAACACGUUUCAUUGAGUAUAGGCCAGAGACAGGCAGUUGGGUGUUCCGCGUCAAACACUUCUCCAAGUACGGUCUGAACGACAGCGAUGAAGAUGACGAUGUGCCCACGGAUCCUAAAAAAGCCAAAACAAUAGCCACGGAUGCGCAACGCAUAGUUGCCACUUCCACCGAUAAAGUGAGCUUGACCUCGCAGCACAAGGCCCAACGGAUCUCGGAAGAGGCCGCACGCAACAUAGAUCCAAAAUCAUUGGCCGCCGGCGUUGCCAGCGGCUUUCGCCCCAUGGACAACUCGGCGGAGUUUCUAAUGAUGGAUAAGACGCAGUUCUUUCAAGCCGGCAGCGGCGCAGAUUUUACUAUGUUUGAUGCACCACGUACUGUGCCUAGUCCAACAGCUGCUCUGGCCCAGGAUAUUGUAGGCAAACAACCGCACAAAAUGCAGUUGAUGAAAUCAUCACUGUUUGUAGAAGAUCAAGGCAGCGACGAUGAAUUAGAUGCACAGCCAAAAUUGAAUCCACCUCAGGUGAAGCGCACCCCCAAUUUAUUUAACAAGGACACAUAUCUGUGGAAGGAACCGGCUGCAUCGGAGAGCUCAAGUGAUUAUGGUCGACAAUCACCACUUUUGGCCGUCUCCUCAUCCGCUUCAGUUACCAGUAUAAUUCGCGACGUCCAAUCGGAGGAGGCUUCAUCGGUGGUAGCUGAAAGUGUGAAGCCUGCCCAAAAGAAGACUCCAGCAACAUCUUUGGGCAACCAACUCAAACCAUUCGACUUUGUUAUAAAACCCAAAGUGGCACCUAUUAAGGUCUUCGGCUCAGUGGUACCCUUGACUCGAUCCAUAGCAUAUGGUCACUACAGUCACUGGAUUGCCGAUCUCGGCUUCUACAAAGGACGGAGUUUCAAACUCAGCUUUGGACCACAAAACACAUUAAUGAUACCCAACACGUUUAACAAUCUACGCAGCGUUCAUGAGGUCAAAAACAAGAUGUUGCCCGCGGCGCUAGUAUUUCAGCCACGAGCCUCUAAUGAUUUAUCAUCAAAUGUGCUACAGCGUAUAAAGUUCAACACGGUGGAUAUGUAUACUCAGUUUGCCGAAAGCAUUGUACCUCACUUGAUAGUCCAACUGGAAGAUUGCAGCUUCAACAAGGUGGAAGGCAGCGGAUGCCCUUGGCUGCAGUCCAACAAUGGAACACAACUGAUUGCCAAGCACCUGGCCGAAGCCAUUAAGCUGAACAAUACCAGCACCAUGGCUGCUUAUGGUGUGUCCGUGUGGUCGCUUCUAUUUGCACUGUGGGGAGAGCAUGAUGAGCUCAUUGGACGGGAUGACAACUCACAUUAUGUGAUCAUGUGUCGGCGCAAUCUGCUUUCGGAGUGGUUGGAAAACACGUUGGUUAGCAAAGACCUGUUAUCAAAGAAGGUCAGCAGCAAUAGCUACCUAGAGCACAUGCUAGAAUUGUUAAGCUGCCAUCGUGUAACCGAAGCUUGUGAAUUGGCUUUUAAAUACGAUGAUGCAAACUUGGCUUUGAUCCUGGCGCAGCUUAGCUCUGGGGCUGUGGUGCGUCUACUCAUGGAGGAGCAACUGUUUGCUUGGCAACAGAGCAAAUCCGAUAAAUACAUAAGCCUGGAGCGUAUCAAGAUGUUCAUGUUGGCCGCAGGCGUGCCACUAAUGAUGUCCUCGCAUGGUCCCAUAAAUCUGCUUGAGGACGGUAACUGGCUAAACGUAUUGGCGUUACAGCUAUGGUACUUUACUGCGCCCACGUCGACAAUAACUGAUGCCUUGUUGGAGUACGACAAGGCCUUCCAAGCCGAAGAACUCUACGCGCAUGAGCCGAAACCAAACUACAAUGGCACCCCCUACAAGAGCAAGAAUCCUGUAUAUGAUCUGCGUUACCACCUGCUGCAGCUCUUCUCCAAGCGUAAGCAUUCCUUGGAGCAAACAUUGAACCCAAUUACACAUACCUCCGAUCCAAUGGACUUUCGGCUGAGCUGGAUGCUGCUGCAAACCUUAGAAGCACUAGGCUAUAGACAUUGCAACCCCUUGACAGAGGCGCAGUUUCACGUGGAUUUUGCCAGCCAGCUAGAGAAUGAGGGCUUGUGGCAAUGGUCCGUAUUUGUGCAAUUGCAUAUCAAAGAUCGUAAUCAGCGUGAACGCGCUGUGCAGCACACACUGCAACAGCAUGUCAGCAUAGACGCCCAUGCGGCACUAAGCGAAGAGGAGCAGUUUGUCAUCCACCAAUUAGGUGUGCCGGAAACUUGGGUGGACUAUGCAAAGGCAUUAAAAGCUGGUGCCAAAGGCCAGCGCCACAUGCAAGCAAAGUAUUUAUUAAAGGCCAAGCACUGGGUGUUAGCCCAUGAAAUCAUCUUCCAAUAUAUUGCACCAGAUGCCGUGAUAAACAGUAAUUUGGAGUAUUUGUACAAUCUGCUGAGCCAGUUUGAGUCUACGGAGAGCACCGUCAAAGUACCAAACUGGACAAAUCAGGGUCAGAUAUUUCUGGAUUACAUUGAUAUCAACGAAAAGUUCAAGCACAUACACAACGUAAGCAGCGUGGAGGAUAUACAAGCGCGCUGGGAAAAUCUGAAGCCGCAGCUCAGUGAGAUUUGUUCACGUAUCAGUCUGCUGCCAUGCCCCACAUCCAAGCAUCGUCUUUGCCAGAGUGAAAUAGCAAAGAGCUUGAGCUGCUUGGUGAAUGGCAUGUGCAUAGUUUGUCCUGAACUGGAGCCAUGUGUUGUAUUAAGAAUGGCUUUAGAGCGUUUGCCCAUGCCUCAAGAGUUUUCCACCAAAGAGCUGAACAAUCUGCUCGACGAGCUGAUGCAAAAGAUACAGAGCCAGCGACCAUUCACGGAAUCGGAAACAGCGCCACUCCGGACCAACGGGAGCAUAUUGAUGCAAAGCUAAAUAAUAUGGACCUAUUAAUAGAUAGAUAAACCUGGAAAAAUUGAAACACAGACGAUAUAUAGUUUAGCCUACCAACCAUUUCAAUUAGAGUUAAUAUAUAUAUAUAUAUAGUUUUACAUAUAAAAAUACGCAUGCAGUUAUCUGUUAUGACAAAAAUAUAAAUAACUUAAAAGAAAAAGGAAAAUUUGUGUAAAGUAAGCUACGUUUCGUUACAAACCUCAGCUAGAAAUGCUAUCACUUAAUCUUAGUUAUUUGUUCACCAUUUAAAAUUGCUAGGAUGUCAAUAAUUAAUAACUACGUAUUUUUGAUAAACAAUAAAA